AUGGGAGUUGACAAAGGGAAAAAGCAGAAAAUUGAAGAAAACAACGCGACAGAGCACAUUGAUAGAGACCUACUCCUUUCCAUAGAGAAGCUCCAGGAAGCCCAAUACGAGAACUUGAAAAGUGAAGAAGUCUUGGAAAUAGAACAGAAGUACAGUGAGAAAAGGAAGCCUGUCUUUGAUAAGAGAAAUGACGUCAUAAAGUCAAUUCCGGACUUCUGGAUGACUGCAUUUUUGAGUCAUCCUGCCCGUAGUGAACUUUUAACUGAAGACGACCAAAAGAUUUUCAAGUAUUUAAGUUCCCUUGAAGUGGAAGAAUCUAAAGACUUGAAAUCGGGCUGUUCAAUUACAUUUAACUUGAAAACCAAUCCGUAUUUUGAAGAUUCGAAACUCACCAAGACUUUUACCUUCCUCGAGGAUGGAACAACAAAAAUAAGCUCUACAUCCAUUAAAUGGAAAGAAGGCAAGGCCAUUCCAAAUGGUGGUGAUGAGACUAAAGGAAACAAGCGGUCUCAUUCUGAGGAAAGGUUGUUACACAAUAUGCAAUUGCAUUCAAGUAUACCAGUGUUCAUUUCAAAGAAUAUGAUGACAUCGAAUAGGUACUUGAGCAGUAUCAUCUGCAAAAUUCUUUGCUGGAAAUCGUCAGGUGUACUUGCCGAAUUUGCUGCAAACAGCUUGAAUUUUAGUGACACCCAGCAUAAAGAUGAUAUAGUGGAGAUUCAUGAUGAGGUAAAUCAUAUAAUCAAGGACGAUCUCUGGCCAAAUCCUCUCACUUAUUUUAACAAUGAGGCUGAUGAAGAAGAUUUUGAUGUGGAUGAUGAUGAGCCUGGAAUGGAUGCAAUAUAA